AACUCCCCCCCCCCCCUGUGUCUCGCGUCCUCCUAAACUCUCCGUCACGCCACCGCUCGCUUGUUUUGGUGUCUUCCCGAAAUGUGCCAUUUAUUGCUGCCACUCAUGCUAACUUUCUGUUCGACGGAAAGCCUACAGGAGGCUCUCCACAUCCGUCCCCCCGCCCCCCCUUCCAAACUCUGCCUCGAAUUGACGGCCAACGUCCAUUCGGACACGGCUUGAAACAAAAAGAGAGGAUUCGGAGAGAGAAAAAUAGAGGAACCGGAUAAUAUAUAAAGCCACCGGAAUCGAAAAUGCCCGCGGCGGCGACCGCCCUCUUCCGCCGGCACCCCGCCUCCUCCCCUCUCCCUCCACCGUUUCCCAUCGUUUCCGCCCGACCAGCGAUCCUAGCCGCCCGGUCCCCGGCGUUGAACACGAGGGGGAUUUCUUGCCAGGCCGCGAUUACCACCGACGUUUCUUCGUCGUCGUCGCCGUCGGUGGCGGAGGAGGAGGCGGAAGCGUUGGCCAAGGUCGGGAGGAGGGUCCGGGUGAAGGUGCCGCUGAAGGUCUACCACGUCCUCAAGGCCCCCGAGCUGGAUUUGAACGGGAUGGAAGGGGAGAUCAAGCAGUACUUGGGGUUGUGGAAGGGGAAGCGGAUCUCCGCCAAUCUCCCCUUCAAGGUCGAAUUCCAAGUCGCCGUCGAGGGCCAGCCGAAGCCCGUCAAGUUUUUCGCCCACCUCAAGGACGACGAGUUCGAGUACCUCCCGUCCUCCGAUAGUCUUUUGGAAUUCUGAUAGCCAGAAAGCUGCAUGAUGGAUGGAAUUAUCGAGAAUCCAUCUCCCACCAGACCGUUUCUUGGUAUAGUAACAUGGUGCUUGAAAAUCAAUAAAUAGAUGAGAAGGGAAGGAGGGACGUUAAAGUUCUGCCACCAAGUAAGGUUCUUGCCGUUUCUCCCUUCUGUUUCUGCUGCUGUUGUCGAUUUGAGCAACUGUUGAGUCAAGAUGACUGAUUUGUGUUGUAUAAUCAGAUAUAGACCUUUAAAGGAAAUGCUUCUUUCCUUUCUGAUCGGACCGUAUCGUAAUUAUAUUGGUUAUUGACUGUAUUACCUGACCUUGCUUAUUUUUUGACUUAAAAAUAGUUAUCCCAUCAAAGUUCAUAAGGAUUUCUGGUUUCC